GGCAAGGUUUCGCCAUCAUUGUUUGUUGUAUAUCCAUGCUUGGUGUUUGCAACCAUCCUUUCUGUGCUAGUUGAUGACAAGCCAGAGUAUCAGUACCAGCUAGAAGGAGAGAAUGCCUGUCCAGAAAAAGAAUCUUCUUUUUUAUCUCGGAUCACAUUUUGGUGGUUUACCGGGAUGGUGAUCCAAGGCUACAAAAGAGCCCUCACUCAGGCUGACCUGUGGUUCCUAAAUAGAGAAGACACUGCUGAAUAUGUUGCUCAAAAGUUUUACAAACAUUGGAAUUUAAGAAAGCAAACAGUACCUGUGAGUGCUGUUGCUAACGGAGAUGUCCAGGAGACCAGUUUUAUAUUUCGGGAAGGCAGUGCUAUCCUGACGACCUAUGCUGUUGGCAUGGAAGAUGGGAAAACACCCAAACGCAAACUAUUGUCUGCACUAGUGCGCACCUACAUUUGUUUCUUCCUGCAGGCAGCAGUAUUUAAGUUAGCACAGGAUCUUCUAUCUUUUGUUAGCCCUCAGCUGCUCAGAUUUCUAAUACAGUUCACAAGCUCAGAUGAGUACACCUGGCGUGGGUACUUCUACUCAUCUCUGCUGUUGAUUGUUGCAUUGCUUCAGUCCAUAUUGCUGCACCAGUACUUUCACUGCACCUUUCUCUUAGGCAUGAGGCUGAGAUCUACAAUUAUUGCAGUGGUCUACAGAAAAACCCUCCGGUUAUCAAGCUCAGCCAAGAAGACAUCCACAGUUGGAGAGAUAGUUAAUCUCAUGUCAGUUGAUGCCCAGAGGUUCAUGGAUCUGACCACCUACAUGCACAUGAUCUGGUCAGGCCCUCUCCAGAUCAGCCUGUCACUGUAUUUUCUGUGGCAGACAUUGGGUCCAUCAGCCCUGGCUGGCAUAGCUGUCAUGGUGUUGCUUAUCCCUAUCAAUGCCCUCAUAGCUCACAAGAUUAAAAAAUAUCAGAGUGAACAAAUGCUCCUUAAAGAUGCCAGAAUCAAGCUGAUGAAUGAGAUUCUCAGUGGUAUCAAGGUUCUAAAACUCUAUGCAUGGGAAGAAUCUUUCCAGGACCAAGUGCUGGAAAUCAGAAACAAAGAACUGAAAGUAUUGAAAAAGGCAGCCUAUCUAAAUGCAUUGACAGCAUUUUUCUGGAGUUGUGCUCCCGUUUUAGUUUCACUGACCACCUUUGGCGUAUUUGUACUUUCCUCUCCCGACAAUGUGCUGGAUGCAGAAAAGGCUUUUGUGUCACUUGCCUUGUUCAACAUACUGCGUUUUCCUUUGUCCAUGGUUCCUAAUGUCAUUACAACUUUAGUACAGACUAAUGUAUCAUUGCAGAGGAUACAAAAGUUCUUAGAUAACCCAGAACUGGAUCCUGGCUGUGUGGACAGGCAGGACUCUGGAAAGUCAGCUGUUGUUAUUGAAAAUGCCAGCUUUGCAUGGGAAGAGGGCAAUCCCAUUCUGUCUAACAUAAGUCUGGACAUAGAGGAGGGUAGCCUCGUAGCUGUUGUAGGCGUUGUUGGUGCAGGCAAGUCUUCUCUACUGUCUGCGAUCCUGGGUGAGAUGGAUAAGCUUUCUGGAUCUGUUGCUGUCAAGGGCUCAGUGUCAUAUGUUGCCCAGCAAGCCUGGAUACAAAAUGAUACAUUACAGAACAACAUCCUCUUCAGCAAAGGCCUGAACCAGGACAAGUAUGACAGGGUAAUACAGGCUUGUGCCUUACAGCCAGACCUAGAUGUCCUGCCAGCGGGAGAUAACACAGAAAUUGGUGAAAAGGGAAUCAAUUUAUCUGGAGGUCAGAAACAGAGGGUGUCGCUUGCAAGAGCCGUGUACCAGAAUUCUGACAUUUACUUGCUGGACGACCCUCUGUCCGCUGUUGAUUCUCAUGUUGGAAAGCAUUUAUUUGACCAGGUCAUUGGACCAAAUGGACUGCUGAAAGACAAGACACGAAUCCUGGUUACCCAUGGAAUCAGCUUCCUGCCUCAGGUAGACAAGAUAAUUGUGCUUGUCAAUGGAACUGUUUCUGAGACUGGCUCCUUUACCCAACUCCUGAAGCACAAUGGAGCAUUUGCCGAGUUCUUGAGGAACUAUCUGACUGGGUUGAACAAUGAAGAUGACACAUUACAAGACUCUGAAG